AUGGAUGAAAAUUGUCAACAAUUUUCAAUCGAUUGGACAACAUUAGUUAUGGAAAAAUGGACAAAUAAUUAUAUCGGUACAACUGAUAUGAUUGGUGUACAUAAAUUUUAUAUAUAUAAUAUUACCGAUUUACAAUUAUUUAAAGAUCGUAUUGAAAGUUUACGUACACAUAGUCGUCCUAAUGAUCGUAUACCGGUAAUUGCACCAUAUUUAUCAAAAUUUUAUCAAAAAAUUGCACCACAUGAUCGACAACAAGGUUUAUCAUUUUAUCAACGUACAAUAUCCAAAACAAUAUUGGAUAUAUUUUAUUCAAAUUUAUUGGUUGAACGUUCUGUAAAACGUAUUUUAUAUGGUCCUGAUAAAGAAUCUCAACAACAAGAAGAAGAAGAAGAUGAAGAAAAAAUCAAAAAGAAUCUAAUUCAUUUAAAACGUUUGGAAAAAAAUAUUGAAUUAAAAAUUAUUGAUGAUUUUUUUCUGAUGAAACAAACAUUAAAUAUACCGGAUCGAAUUUCCGAUCAAGCAACAUUACAAAUAACAUAUAUUUUACAACGAUUUCAUAAUCAAUUUGAAAAUUUUCUAAAUAUUAAUGAAUAUUUUAAAUUAAUUAAUGAUUCAUAUGAUAAUCGUUUGGAUCAAAUUCCUGAUUUGGAUUCAAAUUUUAUUAAAACACCAAUUGGAUUUUUAAAUAAUUUUCAACGUUAUCAAAAAUAUGUUAUUCAAAUGAAAUCUACAAAUGAAUAUCCAGGUGUAAUUGAAUGGAAUGGUCGAAAAAAUGUUGAUCAUCCACAAAAAUGGUGUAAUGAUUUACAAUUAGAAAAUCAUUAUAAAGAUGAAUCAAAUUAUCAUUUAUUACAAUAUGGUUUAUAUAAUUUUAUACCACAAUUAUGUGGUUCAACAAGAUUAUUAUUCGAUAUAGCAGCCAAUAAUAAUCAAUCAAAUCCUAAUUUUGUUUAUAAAUUUCGACAAACAAAAUCACAAAUAUCGAUGGGAAAAACAUUACAAAUAUCACAGAUAAUUGAUAAUUAUUGUCCACGAUUCGAAUUUCCAUUGAACAACAACAACAACAACGUUGAUAUUGACAAAAAAACUACCUGUCAAAAUGAUGAUAACAAUUAUUCUAUUGAUUUGGCUGAUUGUUUUGGUCAAACCCGUUUACGAUCACAACCACUUUUUGAACCAGAUCAACCAACAAAUAUUAAAUUUGAUACGACAACCGGAUUAAUGAUUACAAAAUUGGAACAUUAUCGUUUAUCGAUUGGUUUCUAUUUGAACACUAUGCAUAUCAAUCCCGAUUUUAUCGAUAUUGAUCCAAAUGAAGAUCUUUAUUCACCAAUGAUAAGUAAUAUUCAUUAUCAAGAAAUGUAUAAUCAAUGGAAUUCUUGGUCAAUAUUUUUAUUAUAUUUGCUCAAAACAACCAUGAAAAAAUAA